AUGGCGACGGUGCAUGCACUCCUUGUCAAGUCGUCGUCCUUGUUCACACAAACCAAACUGUUCGCGACCACCAACUCUCGACAUUGGUAUCCACUCCACUUUAAUCCUUUUUCAGUAAUGUCGACUCCAGUCAAGUCACCGAUGAAGAGCGGCCACAAAGCAGCGACUCUGAAUCAUAUUUCGCUGUUGACGCCGUCGUCUACGGAAUGGUCCGUCGAUGCCGUAGGAAUUUUGCCACAAUCGCUCAUGCCAUUAUCUACGUCGUCGUCUUCGAAUGCCGAGUCGGCUGUUUUGGUAGCGUCUCGCUACGGCGCGUGGUCCCUGAUUGGUAAACGAGAACGGGACAGUAGCCAACACGUCAAGAUGGUCUUGUUCGUCUGGUACUCGUCGCCGACGGCGUCCGUGAAAGAGCGAGCGUUGCAAAAGCAAGUACUGAAACUUUCUCAUCCGCAUUUGUCGACUUUUGACAGCAGCAGCGGUAGUAGUUGUAGUAGUGCGGAUCCUCCACCACUCGUACAACUCGCGACGAGUCCGACCAAACCGGAAGAAGUCUACGUAUACGUUGCUAACGUGGUCUCGGGACGCAUCUUGACCUGGAAACUAUCGCGCCCCGAUCUCUCUCGGGUAUUAGCACCGCCUCCUGCAGCCGUUACAUGGCUGGAUGAAUUGCAAUCGGUAGAGGAAGGGGCAGAAACCUUGACGUCCCUGUCGGCGACCUGGAACUCCGGCAUGACAACCCCCUUCCUCUUGGUCGGUACCUCGGCGGGCCACGUCUACAGCCUGCAGCAAACACACGUACCGCUGGCAAUACAGGUGCAACGUGUCGCAACCUCGUCGCUAUUCGGAUCCAUCAACAGCAACAGUAACGGUCUAUGGGGCAGUAUUCUUCAUUCGAUGAUCCCCGCAAGUCGGAGUGCAGCCACUGGAGAUGCCGUGGUCACUACGCUGCUUCACCCUCCGGAUGAUGCCAGCAGUAGCAGUAACUAUACCCAAGGCAUGUUUCAUGUGUUGACCAAGUCUGGUCGGUUACAAGGGUGGCGUACGCACAAACCUACCGAAAGUCCACAUUGGAUCUUUGAGGCUGGUCCGAAGCCAAUUGACCUAGUCGCGCUAUUACACGACAAAAUUAAGGCACCCGCAGUACGCAGUCUUCGCGUCUUGCAAGCAGCGAUUUCACCACAAGGACACCAUCUUCAUUUACUGGUGCUAACGGAACACGACGAUGAUGAAUAUCGUUUGUACUGGAGCGUCUUGACCAUGGGUAGUAAAGGCGGACACGGUGAUUUUGCCAAGGAAGAACCCACCCUCACAUUGACCACCGCACACUGGUUGGAUCGAUUUUACGAUCCUCGCAGUGUGACGGUGGUCGGAUUGAUCGUGGCUGCCAAUAAUACUGCCUACGCUGCCUUUCAAAGCCCAGGCAGUGCACCCAUAGCCAUGGCUCUGUGCGGACAAGAUAACACAUUCGAUGCUAUCCACGAAUGCGACCUCCCUGUCGGUAAUAUUCCUGCAUUGAUAGUCGAUACCAUGGUUCCCGAUAAAGUGGUAUACGGCUGUGCCGUUUGGUCUAUUAGUGGUGCCAAUGUACGUAUACAGUACCGUCCAACAACGGCAUCACCGGCUCCGUCGACUGUUCCACACGGCUCUACCUCGCGAAGCCGUUCCGCGAUUGCUACGUUGACCACUCAUCUACAAUCCGCCUUUUGGAACUAUUAUCAACAUCCGGAUCGGUCGGUUCGCCUCCCCCCUUCCCUGAUUUCGGCCAACAUUGCAGAUUUGCAAGAAGCGGUAGUCGGCGUUGGUUGUGCCUUAGCAUCUCGUCAACAAGCACUGUCGAACGUCUUGGAGUGGCAUUUGGCAUUUCUGAAUUUGCUGCAACUAAGUGGCCUGUACCGCAGCUUGCCCGAGGUCACUCAGUGGCAGCUUUUGGCCAUUGGACAAGAGUUGACCGUUGCAGACCGACUAGGUUCCUUGCCCUCGGACAUGUCAACCAGAAUCCCAUCCUGGCAAUUGGAAGCGUUGGAGUCAAGACCCUGGCAAGGUCUGGGGCCUUGGUUCGGAGAUCUUGUGGCAAAACACUUUGGAGCUGGGCAAGAUCGCCAGCAAGCACUUGUGGAAUGGCUAGUAGCCAUGUUGGAGACAGCCGAAGGCUACCGUGAAGAACACGGUCAAAAGACUUAUUACUUGACGUCAGGUAGCCGAAUACCCAAAAUGUCGAGGAUUGAAGAAGUGCCAAUUUGGACGAGUCAGAUUGCUUUGCAAAGAACUCUACUAGGGUUGUUGGAAAGUUGGCAUGAUGGUGGCUUCGUCGGGCACGGUGGGCAGGCUGUGGUCUUAGCAACCGGUAUUCUGCAGUCAUUUGGCGACACGUACGCCUCUGUGCCGACCGAGGAAACCAAAUCGACGUACGCAAAUGCACAGCGAAUGACGAUCGGACUGCUACGUCGCCAAAUAAACCCACCAAACGACGUCGUAGCUUUCCGUCUAUCCGUCAAACACCAUUCCUUUAAAGGCGUGUGCCAGAUUGCCUUUGAUCACGAAAAGAAAGAGGACGCGGAAGAAUUCUCCGUAGUUCCAUUGUUUACCGAGUUAGCCCACGCGAAGGACAUUUCUACCAGUAUGUUGUUUCCGGCAUUUUUCCUGUAUUGGCAUUCGCAACGCCAACAUUUUGGCCAUGUCCUCGACUAUGGUCAAUACUGUCCUGACACGUUUAGGGCAUUUUUGGAAAGCAGCGAAGAAUUGCGUCCGUAUCGGUGGAUUCAGGCGGCGCGGGCUGGGGAUUUCGAAGGCGUAACGAACUCAUUACUUCGCAAUGCGGAGAAACCGGAAAUUUUGUUGCACGAUGCCCACCUGUCCCUUAGUCUGGCGAAACUUGCAAACUCUGUAGUAGAGUCUGAGUCCAUGGAUAAGGAACUCGCGGCGAAGCGCGCUCGACACAUUGAUCAAAAGCGAGAAUUGGUUAAUGCUCAAAACGAACUCUUUGAUGAGACCGCACCUAGCUCUUGCCUCUGGUCGGCCGAACGUCUACUCAACUACGCCUAUGACAGGGCGAAUCAGGCCAAAGAUGCGGAAGACAAAUGUCGAAUCUAUUUCACGGCCCUAGCAAUUUGUGCAACGAUGGAAGAAAUCGAUCAAAUACAGAUAUACUGA